AUGGAAGAGAUUCUCAGCAUGUUAGACAGAGAGAAAAUGCUGGAAACCAUCCUGAACUUCCCACUGCACCGCAAGCUGAUUGCCGAGGCCGGGAAGAACACAUUGUAUGAAGACCGGGCUAUAGAUGAUCUCGGAAAACUUUAUGAUCCCUGCUUCUUGUUACCUCUCUUCAGUGAGCUGCUCAGACCAGAGCUGAUUGUGGAUUGUGUGAAGUUUGUGGAGGUCAAUGCUUUGGGCCUGAUCCUGGCAGCACUCAGUAGUUACGAUUACAGCAUGCGAGCGGCUGCCAAUUACGUCUUGGGGUCCUUCCUCUCCCAUUUGGAGGCGGCUCGUUUUCGGGAUAAGAUGCAGCUGCAGUAUCUGCUGGAUGUUAUAAAGAAUGGAAUUCGGCAGGAGAAUCUCCGGCUCACAUACUUACUGGCGCUCUAUGGUGCCAGAGCCGCCCAGCUGAUCUUCAGACCUGAGGAACACAUGUACAUAAAGGUUAACCGCUUCCUGCUGUCCCACGAGUACCUGGACCUAAAGAAAGUUCCUGACUUCUAUAGGUUGUUUUACAGUUUUGACAUAGAGCACAAGGUGGAGCGUGAAUGGAUUCUAGGAUUGCUAAGUGAUGGAAUGAGGGACAAGCAUUGCUAUGAGCUCUAUGAUUACCAGAGGAUUUUCAUGGUCAUUAUGGCUUUUUAUAACAGCCCCCUAUGUGAUGAAACAUCUCAGGUUAAGGUUCUGGAAAUUCUUACAAAGGCCUCCAAAGUGCCAAAAGCAGCUUAUGAACUCAUACGGGACCACAGCCUGCUGUCCUGGAUACAGAACAUUCUGGAGAAAAGGUACGUUGAGAAUAAAACACUAGGAAGUGUUAUAACAUUAGUGACCAAUUUAUGGCUAACCAACUUGGGCAACAAAGCGAAGACCAAAUCAAGAGAAGAGAAGAAAAAGCCAGACGGACUGGCAGAACAUGAAAAGCUCCUUCCCAUCCAUUUGGUGAAUGAGAUCUUUGGGGUUUCCAUGGUUCUGCUCAGACACAUCAGAACAAAUUUAGAUGGCCUCCAUCUCCGCCAGUAUUUCCAUACCUUGAGCUCCAUUUUGCAGUACCGUUCACGGGUGUUGGAAGCCUUUAAGAAAAUGGGCAGGUUUGCAGUUAAUGAACAAGCGUUUUCAAGUAAGAAUGCUCUGCUCCUGCUGCACAAGUGGAGCACCAUCGAGAAAGACCUUGAUCUGCAGGAGAGAAUCUGCUCCCUGGCCAAAGAGUACAAAGUCAAAGAACUCAUAAGUACCAUUAAAGAGAAAUUCAGACAGCCAGUCCCUAGGCAUCUAAGGAAGAGAGUUGAGGCUGCACAGCAGGAAAUCCUGGAACAGCAGCAUACGUCCCAUCUAGAGGAGUCCAAGACUUAUGUCAAAUCUAUAUUGAUGUACUGGAAACCCAAUUUACCAAACCAUCCCUACAACCCUACCCAAGAGACAGGAGAAGAUCCAAAUGAGGAAAAAGGGGCCACCGCAGAGGAUGCAAUGCCAGAAAAGAGAACAAAUAGUGGUGCGCUAGUGUGCGCUACUGCCUGUCUGGUAGCCAAGUGGAUAAUAAAAGUAGAAGGUCAAGUUUUACUAAACACGUGUGAUCUCAAACAAUCUCUUAACUGGCUGAAGAGCUGCAUCAUACCCCACUCCCGGGUGGUGCAGGAGCUGCUAAGAGAUGGUGUAUGGCAAAGUACCCUCUAUAAACUAUACUACAGAAUCUGCAGUGACCCGGAUUCUGGCCUAGAACUGCUGAGUAUAGCUAACCGGGUCAUGAUCAACCUCAUUGAGGCUCAAAAUGAGAACGGUGACACUUCUCAAGCUGUGAAGGAUCUCUGUCUGCUCUCUGGCGACCAUUCAAAUGACUCACAGAAAGCUGCCGCCAGUUUCUUGGCAUCUCUGUACAUCGGCGAUAUGUGGCUGGGAGCGAAAUCACCUGUUAUGUUUAACACUUAUGUGAAAAUGGUUUGUAAAGGAGCCGGCAAGGACAGUUCAAGCUCGAAAAUAAAGAGCCCCCGAAAGAAGAGGAAGGAGGACCAGGAGGCCAUGGUGUCCCUCUGUAGAGACAUUUCUGCUGCCAUUCCGAAGAGUUGA